AUGUUGCAGGCAAAAUUGGUUACUAUCCUGUCUCUCGUAACCGCGAGCCUGGCCGCUCCGGUUGCAGACACCACAAUCACAGCAGAGGCCAAAACAUUGGAAGCUGAGGAUGCUACUCUCAGUGGCACCGAAGUCCUCACGGAACUUGGAGGAUACUCAGGAUCUGGCUAUGUGGGUGGCUUCGACGAGUCUACUGACAAGAUCACUUUCACAAUUGACAGCGACGCUUUGACUCUGUACGAUGUUAGCAUUCGCUAUGCAGGCAUUUACGGAGAGAAAAGAGCGUCGCUCGUUCUCAAUGGAGGCUCAACAAGCGAAGUUAUUAUACCAGAAACUACCUCAUGGGAAUCUGUCAGCGCUGGCCAAGUUCUUCUUAACGAGGGUUCCAACACAAUCGACAUCGUUAGCAACUGGGGGUGGUAUCUGAUCGACUAUAUUGAGCUGAGCCCUUCUGAGCCACGGCCACCCCACAACAUCAACGCCAAUCUCGUCAAUAGCAACGCAAAUGCAGAUGCCAAAGCAUUGUACAGCUACCUGAUCAGCAUUUACGGAAAAAACAUCCUCUCGGGACAGCAGGAUCUAACCUGGGCGGACUGGAUUGAGGAGAAGAUUGGAAAGAUACCCGCUCUUGUGUCCGUGGACCUCAUGGACUACAGUCCAUCCCGAGUUGAACAUGGUACCGUGGGCACUUCUAUUGAAGAAGCCAUUACGCAUGCGGGCCGUGGCGGCAUCAUAUCUGUUCUUUGGCAUUGGAAUGCACCUACUGGACUUUAUGACACAGAGGAGAACCCGUGGUGGAGCGGCUUCUAUACCCGUGCAACUGAUUUCAAUGUCGCUACCGCUCUCGCGGAUACUACUAAUGCCAACUAUACACUUAUUAUACGGGACAUUGACGCCAUUGCUACGGAACUUAAGAGGCUUCAGUCGGCUGGUAUUCCGGUGCUGUUCAGGCCCUUGCAUGAGGCUGAGGGUGCUUGGUUCUGGUGGGGAGCCCAAGGGGCUGAGCCGGCCAAGAAGCUGUGGGCUUUGCUCUACGACAGAUUGACCAACUAUCAUGAGCUGAAUAACUUGAUCUGGGUCUGGAACUCAGUGGCAGAGGACUGGUACCCUGGCGAUGACACUGUGGACAUUGUCAGCGCCGAUGUAUAUGCCACAGGUAACGGGCCCAUGUCAACACAGUAUCAGCAGCUUGUCGACCUCGGAAAAGACACUAAGCUUAUCGCCGCAACAGAGGUCGGCUCUGCCCCUCUCCCAGAUCAACUUAUCGCAUACGAAGCCCAUUGGUUGUGGUUCGCAGUAUGGGGUGACACGUUCAUCAACAAUGAGGAGUACAACUCGAUAGCAACCCUCACUACGAUUUAUAACCAUGAUUACGUCCUGACACUUGAUGAAAUUCAAGGGUGGCGAGGAUGA